AAUAGACAAUAUAAGCAUAAUCAAUUUUUAGGACAAGCCGCCAUUUUGAGUUUUGAUACCACUACGUAAAUUGCCAUCGACUGUGGAUCUGGCUAAAUAUUUUUUUAUAUCGCUAAAAUAAAGAUUAAAUUUGUACGGGUAUUAUUAGAAACUAGCUGAAAAUAACAUCGGGCGAUGUCGGACCGAAAGCGAUUAUUAGAAGAUCUUCGGGUAAUAGACUUACGCGCUGAAUUAGAAAAGCGAAAUUUAGAUAAAAGCGGCGUACGCGGUGUGCUCAUACAACGUUUAUCAAAGCAUUUAGAAGAGCAAGGUAUCGAUCCAACAACAUUUACCUUUGAGUUAAGCACUACUGAAGCGAAAACACCUUCUAAAAAAACUAGACGCACAGGAAGUUCACUUGAAACUACAGAAUCUGACGACACACCGGCUAUGGAAGAUAUGAUCGUUCAAGAUACAGCUGGUGAUGAAGAAGAUUCUGAAAACACUGAAGAAAAUAAAAAUAACAAGUCUGCUAAAGAGUCUCCAAAAAAAUUAGAAGAAAAAAUGGAAGUUGACGAAAGUGAAAAAGUUAGUAGAAAACGUGACAAUAAAGAUGAAGCAGAAGCUACUCAGCCUAAAAAACAAUGUCUCGACAAAGAGGAGAAAAAUGAGGAAGACCAUAAGACAGAAAAUAACACAGAUGCAGAGGAUAGCAUCAAUUUAGAUAUUGGAGAUGAUGAAUUGUUAAAUGAAGAGACUGACACCAAUGCUAAACUAAAAAAAGAUGAUGCCGAGCGAGAGGAACCAGCGGCGGCUUCGGGCGACGACGCAGUGCAGAAGGACACCGCAUCAGCUGACGCCACAUCAUCUGAAAAUCAACAAGUAACCACGGAAACUACAGCCACUAGCAAUGAUUUUGAGAAAAAUGAGAAGGAGGAAAAAGAUGAGAAAGACAAAGAAGGAGAUAAUGAUAAAAGAGAAAAGAAAGACGAAAGUAAAGAGGGUGGUGCUCGUAAUCUUUGGGUUAGUGGUCUAUCUGGUGACACAAGGGCCAAAGAUCUGAAACAAUUAUGUAGCAAACAUGGCAAGGUUAUUGGUGCAAAAGUAGUGACCAAUGCUCGCACACCAGGAUCUCGCUGUUAUGGAUAUGUGACAAUGGCCAGUGCCUUAGAUGCUGAAAAUUGCAUCAAGAAUUUACACAGGACAGAACUACAUGGGCGUAUGAUAUCUGUGGAGAAAGCUAAGUCGGAAUCAGAGUCGUCAUCGCGUCGGCAGCCAUCUUCUGUUAGGCCAGAACGACGCCCGAGUAAGGAUCGCAAAGACGAAUCUAAAGAAAAUCUGGAAGGUAAAGAAGGAAUUGAAAAAAGUGCCGAUCAAAAACCUAAAAAUGAGGAAGAAAUUUCUGGUGCCGAAAGUACAAGGUCCACAUCACGCACCAGAGAAAAGUCACAUCGGUCUGAUAAAGACAGAGCAAGGCGUAGCACCAGAAGUCGUGAACGCAGAAGGUCACCCAGAGAAGUGUUAUCAUUCUCCAAAAUCUGGAAGGAGCGCGACGUGGCACGGGCCCGGGAGCGCUCUCGAGCGGCGCGCGAAGAGGAGCGGCGACGGCGCGCGGCCGAGGAGGCGCUGCGGGAGCGCGAGCGGCGCCAGCGGCAGGAGAAGCACCGCCUCGCGCUCGAGCGGGAGAAGCUGCGCGCCGAGAGAGAGAAAAUAGAACGUGAGAAAAAUGAACUACUAAGAUUAGAACGAGAAAGACAUAGGUUAGAACGCGAAAAACUGGAAUUAGAACGAUUAGAAUUGAAGAGAGCUCAACUACGGUUGGAGGAGGAGCGGCGCAAGCGCGGCUACGAGAGCGCGUACCGCAAGGCGGCCGCCAGCCCGCCGCCCGAGCCCGCCUACGAGCGCGACUCGCGCCACAAGCGCGUGCCGCCGCCGCCCCUGGUGAGAUCUACAUCAAGUCGCGGACAAUUCGAAGCGCCUCCGCCGCCGCGCUUCGAGAUGACGGCGGCCUACGAGCGCGCAGCGGACAAGCGCGAACGCGACCGCGACUACAAGCGUGACUACCCGCGCCACGUGUCUUCGGGCAAUUUGAAAUACCCAAGUAACGGAAGUGCUCCUGAGGAUUCAAGACAACAAAUACCUCCAGGGACGAGACCAAAAGAACCAAGCCGUUCCUACGACUCGAGAGAAAGCCGGUCGUAUCGUCCAUCUCCACCUGGCAAGCCAGAACCACGCAGUUGGAAUGCAUCGAGCAGAUAUCCAGACGCUACUGCUCCAUCUAAAGGUAAAAGCAGUGGCGCGGGAGGCGGCGAGGCGUGGUCGGGCGGCGAGGCGCGCUACGGCGGCGCGUACGAGGCGCGCUACCCGCCCGCCUACGCCGCGCCGCCGCCCGCCGCGCCCUACGCCGAGCGCUACCCGCCCGCCGCGCGCGACUACGCGCGCAAGUACUGAGCGCGAGCUAUACUUGUAAAUACGUGUUUGUUGUUUGUGAGAGUCGACCGAGCACCUGUUUCACCAGUAGUGGUUAAUGCUAUUUGACAGAUUACAGUAUCGAUAUUAAAUUAUUCUGUUAUAUCGUCGUCUUGGAGGAGAAGUGAGCUAAGCCACACAACUGCUGUUUGUAGGAAAUGGACAUGAAAGUUUUACUUAAUAAUAAUUAUUCAUUUGUA